CCAAGCCCCUAACAGAAGAUAAAACAGAACAAACGAAAACAGAAAGGCGAGAGCAGGAAAAGAAAGCCAAAAGAAGCACGGCCCAUAAAAAAUGGCGUUAGCAAGCUCCAGAGUGGCGGUGGUGAGAGCGUCAUGGGACACUCAAGAAAUGCUUCCUUAUAAUCGCAAUGCUCCUCGCAAAAUCAAGAAAUUAGAACUUUCUUCUCUCUUCUCAACUUCAACUUCAACCUCUCAAAAAAAGCAGACCCCCAAAUUACAGAUUGAUGUUGAUGAGCUUCUCAAGUUCAAUCCUACGCCCCCUCGUAAAGAAACUGUAAAUUUGGAGGAGUCAACAACACACUUGGGUUAUGAGAGAUGGUUGCCAAGCCCACCGAAGGUAGAGAAUCCCCGAUCUUCACACAAUGCGGCAGCCUUGGCAUAUAUUGGAGACUGUAUAUAUGAGUUAUAUGCCCGGAGGCACUUUUUAGCACCUGCACUAAAUAUUGAAGAAUACAAUGACCGUGUGAUGGCGGUGGUACGUUGUGAGGCACAGGAUGCACUGCUUCAGAAACUUAAUACCGAGAAUUUCCUGUCAGCAGAAGAAAGGGAUGUUCUACGAUGGGGAAAGAACAUUACUUCAGCUAAAACACGAACUACAAAACGUGCUGGUGUAGCAGUUUAUAAUAGAGCUUCUUCUCUGGAAACACUUAUUGGUUACCUCUAUCUCACGAACUCGAAGCGCUUGGAGGAUAUGAUGUCAAUAUUAGGAUUCUCGGUUGGUGUUUCUAACCAACCAGUUCUUGAGAUUGUAAACGUGGAAUUACAGAUCAUGAAGCAAAAGAGUUCCAAGUAAAAAUGAUUUCACCACUAAGCCGAUCAAGAACCUUGUCUGUCAGUGGUAAUGGAAAGAAAGAGUCGGUAUAAUGGCAGAGAAAAUCAGUUGAUGAUGUAAUUAGGAUAUUGUCUCUAUAGAUGGGGUGCUGUAUAAGCUCAUUUUGGAAUUAUUUUAAGAUAAAGAAACAGUUUUAGUUGGCCAAUAGAUCUGCAUAUUAAUGAUUUAUGCUCUAAACUUCACAUAGCAGAAAAUUUAGUAUAUAUACCAUCUAAGAUUAAGAAUGAAUUAUGUAUGGAUACAACUUAGAAAAAUCUGUCAUGGACAAAAUAUCUCUGUAUCUUCUAUCUUUCUCAUUUGAAUUCUUAAACUAUUUUUAUUUAGAGAAAA